CUGUGAUUGGCCCUUUCCCUUCCCUGCAUUCCCUGUCCUGUUCCACUUUAGCAUUUUCUACAGUGCGCACCGAUUCUUAUCCUUCACCACCACUACCACUUCCCACUAUCUCUUCCUUUUUUUUCUCUCUCUCUCUGGCACUGAACUGAUCUCCAAGGUCUUCGGGUCUUGCGUUACACGAUAUUGAAGUGGUUGUUUGUUACUUUAUGGAUUCGUGUCGCUUGCGAUUUUGAAAGUUUGUCUUACGGAUCUGUAAUCAAAAGGAUCGUUCUAUGGCUGGGAGUAACCAACUUAACCCCAACGACUCUAAGAUGGUGGUUCCACUAAAUAUGUGGGUUCUGAUUUCUAAUUUCAAGUUGGCUUACAAUCUUCUUCGUCGUCCUGAUGGCACUUUCAAUCGGGAUUUAGCAGAGUUUCUUGAUCGGAAAGUUCCAGCAAAUGCCAACCAUGUGGAGGGAGUGUUCUCUUUUGAUGUGAUUAUUGAGCGCGAAACGAAUCUGCUGACACGGAUCUAUAGGCCUGCUGAGGGAGAAGUGAACAUUGUUGACCUUGAGAAGCCUGUAAGCUGUGAGGUUUGUCCUGUCAUUGUAUUCUUUCAUGGUGGAAGCUUUGCACAUUCAUCGGCUAAUAGUGCUAUAUAUGACACGCUAUGUCGUCGCCUGGUAGGAAUCUGUAAGGCAGUUGUGGUGUCAGUGAAUUAUAGGCGUGCACCUGAGAACAGGUUUCCUUGUGCAUAUGAUGAUGGGUGGACAGCUCUUAAAUGGGUUAAUUCUAGAACUUGGCUUCAGAGUAGGAAGGACAAGAAAGUUCACAUCUACAUGGCUGGGGAUAGCUCGGGUGGGAACAUUGUGCACCAUGUUGCCUUGAGAGCUGUGGAAUCUGGAAUUGAAGUAUUGGGGAAUAUUCUGCUCAACCCAUUGUUUGGUGGGGAAGGAAGAACUGAGUCUGAAAAGCGUCUAGAUGGAAGAUAUUUUGUUAGGGUUAAAGAUAGAGACUGGUACUGGAGAGCUUUUCUUCCAGAAGGGGAAGAUAGGGACCAUCCUGCAUGUAAUCCCUUUGGCCCCAAAGGCCGAAGCCUUGAAGGGAUUGCCUUUCCCAAGAGCCUUGUUGUGGUUGCUGGUUUAGACCUUGUUCAGGACUGGCAGUUGGCUUAUGCCAAAGGGCUUGAAAAGGCUGGCCAAGAUGUGAAAUUGCUAUUCCUGGAGCAAGCAACGAUUGGGUUUUACUUGCUGCCAAAUAAUGAGCACUUUUCUAUUGUCAUGGAUGAGAUAAAACAUUUUGUGGGCUCUGACUGUUCAUAGGCUUAACUUUUGCUAUACAUAAGGGGACGUUAGAAGAUUGUGUAGGUAAUAGGUAUUCUUCCACUUCUUAACUUCUUUACAUUUUGGCUCCUGUACUGUAGGACUUUGCUCCCGUGAUUUGGUACUUCUCUGAUAUUAUUCAAUGUGUCAUGAGAUUGGUGUAAUCAGCUUAUAGCUGUAUGAUUUUUCCGGUGCACAUCAUCAGGAAAUUGGGUGUUGCGGAUAGGUGAAAGCUUUUUAGGAUAAGGGGAGCUAUGGCCAUGUUUAUGGGAACCACCAAAGUUGUGAUUACCCAGUCUGACUUACAGCCAAAAAGGAGAGGAAGAUAUUAUUCUAUUUCUGGGCUUGACCUUGAUGGCCAAUCAGUGGGGCUUGGCUUUGUCUGGCAAGUGUUAUAUAUAUAACUAAUUUUGGAACUCGGAUAGGGAAAGUAUCAACGAUAUGUUGGCGCUGUUUGAUUAUAUACGUCUAUGCUAUCUUCAUAUAAGUGUUUAAGACUGUUCACCUUUUCUCUAUAUAUCUAAUUUUACGUUUUAUGUCUUGGGUUGUCCUCGUUUGACGUUGGACAGUCUUCGCAAAUGUAAAUGUUUUUUAUUUUUUAUUUUAAUUUUUGGUGUAAUGUUAGGGCUUGUAUUAUGUUUGCUUCUGUAUGUAUUAUAGAUAUUUUUCAAGAGUAUUCUUACGCCAGAGGUUGAAUUUUUGCUCCAAUGU